CGCAGGGCAGAUCAUGGAGGAUGUAGCAGAAGAAAACAUAUAUGAAUUGAUCAGCCGGGGAAUGCUUCAAUUUAAGGACGACCGCCCUUGCAGAGGGACUAGAUUGCAGCUCCCAUCUCCUCUUCGAGAAUUCUGUCUUCACCAAAUGGAAGAAGGAACCUUUCCAACUGUUCGGGCUUUAAUUUGUUCGGAGUCUUCGGACAUCACAAAACUCUCAUCCCACUUGAACAAUCUCCAACUUCAACCUACUUCUUUGUUCCUGCUUGGAAAUCAUAAUCUUUUUCGCUAUGGUGGUAAUUGGUUACAGUUUAAUGGUACAAACUAUUUAAGGGUGCUAGAUCUAGAAGGCACCAAAAUUAAAAGGUUACCAGAUGAAGUGCAAGACCUGAUAAACCUCAUGUAUCUUGGCUUGAUCCACACAGAUAUUAUUGAGCUUCCAGAGGGAAUCUGUAGAUUAAAAGCACUACAAACUUUCAAUAUCAGAUGGUGUGGGUGUUUAACAGCCUUGUCGGACGAGAUACUCAAUCUUGUAAGGUUGAGGCACCUCAAAAUGUUCAAGAGCAUGUUCCAAGAUGUUCAUGGGAUGAAGCUACCUGCAGGAAUAGGAAGCUUAAAAAAUCUUCUGACCCUCACAGCUAUACAUGCUGGUGGUGGAAUUGCUGAAGAAUUAGGUAACCUGAUACAGCUUAGAAGACUUGGAGUGAUGGAUGUGGCUGAAGAGAAUAUCAGUGAGCUAUUUGCCUCCAUAACGAAGAUGCCAGGCCUUCUUUCCUUGUCUCUAGAAGCUAAACACGCCUUCGACAAGGGAUUAUCCUCCUGGAUUCAUUCUCACCGCCACCAUUUCUUCAAAAGCUUCGCCUGGAAGGUGUCCUAGAAAAGCUACCUACUUCAUUUGGUUCCUUGGAAAGGCUUACAACUUUAAGAUUAGG